CAACGUUUAUGGGAUUAACGGAACGGUUUCACUUUCUUUGAUGCAUGAUGGCAAGACGUUGCGAUUGGUAUCAUGAUAGGUGUUAUGGAAUAGUUCUACCAGGAAACCUUUUUUAUUUUUGCUGUCACGUCCUAUUUGUAUAUUUGAAUUAAACAGGACGUGCGUGUAUAAUUGGAGGUUUUGAUGGUGUGGUCAUUUCGCUAUUGUUUUAACAAAUUUGUGUUACUAAAGACAGAUAAGGGUUUUUCUAAAAUAAUAAUAAAUAUAUUGUAUAAUGUGUUUUAUUUGUUAUAUGUGGGUUUUUCUCUGACAGUCUCGGCACCCAUCUACCGUAUUUCUCCGCGUGUACAUGUAAACAAUGAAAAUAAAGCGCGCGAUGACUCGGGCAGUAACUUGUUACAUUACUACUCGCUGCCACGCUGCAUUGAUCUCUAAAUUGACGAUUUAAGCUCUCUAUGCAGCAUUGAUUUCCACCUUUAGCCGAGAGGUUUAGGUCAGUAGAGAGCGGUUCGGAUGCUCUCACUAUGUGUGUGUGUGUGUCUCUAUUCAGUACAGAUGCUCUGCUGGAGAGCUUUUCCUGUGUUGUGGAAAGCGGAUGCAGAAAUCCAUCGCAAGGGAAACAGGAGCUGUGCAUAAUCGUGUUCAGUCUACAGGAACAGGCGAAGGUUGUGGCAGGAUCAUUCAGCGCUUCCCCAAAAAGGACUGGGAUGGCACGGCAUUUCCCCAGGGUGUAGAGAUGUUCUGCCAGCCUGGUGGAUGGAGGUUGUCUCGUGAGAGGAAGCCUCCAACAUUCUUUACAGUGGUGCUGACAGAUAGUGAUUCAGAACGACACUACUGCUCCUGUCUGACCUUCUUUGAGGCAGAGGUCAAUCUGCAGGGCUCAAAGACACUGGAGGCUGAUGGGGACGAGGAGGAGGAGGAGGAAGAAGAUGGUUUGAUCCAGCCAGCUCAAGUCUUUGCUCCCAAAAGUCUAAUUCUGGUCUCCAGGCUGGAUUACCCAGAAAUAUUUCGGGGCUGUUUGGGACUUAUCUACACCGUGUACAUGGACAGUCUGAGCUUCCCUCUGGAAGGGCUUGUGGCCAAUCUCUUUACAUGUUUGGUGCCUGUGGCUGGAGGUUCUCAGAAGCUUUUUUCACUUGGAGCGGGCGAUCGGCAGCUCAUACAAACCCCCCUGAAUGACAACCUGCCCAUCACCUGUAAGAGCGUGGCUCUCCUCUUCCAACAGUUAGGAAUUCAGAAUGUUCUUAGUCUUUUUUGUGCGGUUCUGACGGAACACAAGGUUUUGUUCUACUCAUCCAGCUUUCAGAGACUUGGGGAGGCCUGUCGUGCCUUGGAGUCCCUCAUGUUUCCACUUAAGUACAGUUACCCCUACAUUCCCAUCCUCCCAUCUCGACUGCUGGAGGUGUUGAGCUCCCCUACGCCCUUCAUCAUCGGCGUGCACUCUAUGUUCCAGAAUGAGAUCCAAGAGCUGCUUGACGUGAUCAUUGCUGACCUUGAUGGAGGAACAAUAAAAAUACCAGAGUGUAUACUCCUCUCCCAGCUCCCCGAACCACUGUUGUACAAUACUCAAAAAGCAUUAUCCAUGGUUUUGCACCCUGAUCUGGAAGGAGCAGAUAAUGCCUUUCCUCCCCCUCGUUCUGCUCCAUCCAACAUCAAACUGCUAGAUAAGGAGGUGAGAGCGGUCUUCCUGCGCUUGUUUGCACAACUCUUCCAGGGCUACAGGUCCUGUCUGCAGCUGAUUCGUAUCCAUUCUGAACCUGUGAUUCACUUUCACAAGGCUGCCUUCCUAGGCCAGCGGGGCCUCCUAGAAAAUGACUUCUUAACCAAGGUGCUGGACGGCAUGGCCUUUGCAGGAUUUGUAUCUGAACGGGGACCUCCUUACAGGGCCUGCGAUCUGUUUGAUGAGCUGGUGGCCUUAGAUGUGGAGUGCUUAAAGGAGGAAGCGGAGAACCUGGCCAAGUUUCACAAGCGUUUAAGAGAGCUGUCCGAGCAACUUUACAAAAAUGAGAACCCAAACCCCCACAUGGGCUUCCAGAAAGUGCCUCGACCCACUGAGGGUUCACACCUGCGGGUGCACGUGGUGCCCUUCCCCUUGUUGGAAGAGGAGAAGGUUGAGGGGUUGAUAAUGGAGGGCCAGGCCAAGCAGCACACUGCCCCCAUCACCACUCGUCCAGAGAGGAAGUGUGUGGUGCCUGCCGGACCCCCUGUGGUAUCUAUCAUGGGCAAGGCCAGCUCAGUUUUUAACAGCGCUCGUAGACUGGAGGUGGUCCGGACAUGCAUCGGCUUCAUCUUUGACAACAAGACUCUGGAAACCGAGAAGACACUCCCCGCAGCUCUUCGGGCCCUAAAAGGCAAAGCAGCACGCCAGUGCCUGACCGAAGAACUCAGCCUCCACGUGCAGCAGAACCGUGCCAUUCUGGACCACCAGCAAUUUGAUCAUAUCGUUCGCAUGAUGAACUGCGCUCUACAGGACUGCUCCAGCUCAGAGGAAUAUACUGUGGCAGCAGCAUUACUGCCCCUGACGACAGCUUUUUACAGGAAACUAACCGCUGGUGUGGACCAGUUCGCCUACACCUGUGUACAAGACCAUCCCAUAUGGACUAAUCAGCAGUUCUGGGAAGCCUCCUUCUACUCUGAGGUGCAAAACCAGAUCAGAGCUCUGUACCUCACUGCCCCUUCGGACAAUCAACCCAUCACUGCCAAAAUCAAGGGACAGGGCACCCUACUCACAGCACCCAGUGAGUCGGAACGGACCGCUAUGGACCUUGCAGCCGAUCAGUUACGUGCUUGGCCUGGUCUGAGUAAAGAGAAACAGCAGGAGCUUGUGAAGAACGAGGAGAGCACAGUGUUCAGCCAGGCUAUCCACUAUGCCAGCCUGAUGGUCUACCUGCUCGUGCCGCUGGACACCAGCAAAAACAAGCUGCUACGCUCUACUCCUGCAGGUGACUGGGAGAGUGGCAGCAACAGCAUCCUCACUAACAGUAUUGCAGGGAGUGUGGCAGAAAGUUUUGACACUGAGAGUGGAUUUGAAGACUCUGAGACCAGUGACGUUGCCAACUCGGUGGGGAGGUUCAUUGCACGUUUCAUCGACAAAGUAUGCACCGAAAGCGGAGUGACUCAGGAUCAUAUAAAGAGCCUACAUAGUAUGAUUCCAGGUAUUGUGGCAAUGCAGAUGGAGACACUAGAGGCAGUUCAUAUAGAAAGCAGAAGACUGCCUCCCAUUCAGAAGCCCAAGAUCCUACGGCCUGCCUUGCUGCCCGGAGAGGAACUGGUGUCAGAGGGCUUACGAGUGGUCUUAGACCCUGACGGUCGAGAGGAGGCCACUGGGGGUCUUUUGGGAGGUCCACACAUCCUACCAGCAGAGGGAGCACUCUUCCUCACCACUUACCGGAUCAUUUUCAAAGGCACUCCUCACGACCCUCUAGUGGGUGAACAGGCAGUAAUCAGAAGUUUCCCAGUCUCCACGAUGACCAAGGAGAAAAAGAUCACCAUUCAAAACCAGCUACAGCAAAACAUGCAGGAGGGGCUUCAGUUGAGAUCUGCCUCCUUCCAGCUAAUUAAGGUUGCGUUUGACGAGGAGGUGAGCUCAGAUAUGGUGGAGAUUUUCAGGAAAAACCUACAGCGAAUCCGUUACCCACCAUCCAUCUUUAGCACUUUCGCCUUUGCAGCAGGACAGACUACACCACAGCUCAUAUUACCCAAACAGAAAGAGAGGAACACAGGCUUCCGCAUACUAUCGAAGACCAUUGUGAAAGGUGCUAAAAGGGCUGGCAAGAUUACAAUGGGCCGUCAAUCAACUCUGAAGAAAAACGAGAAGGGCAAUCGCAUGACCUUACAUGAAGAUGACGAUAUCUCCAUCUCUGAUGAUGGGGAGCCACCCUCCAGCAGCACACUAAAGGCCUCUGAGAAGUGCACCAUGGAGCAGUUAGUGGAGCGAGCUUGUUUCCGGGACUACCAGAGGCUGGGUCUGGGUACUAUUAGUGCAAGCUCCACUUGGUCUAAAAGUGGCGAGCAGUUCCGCGUUACAGCGGUCAACAGGCUCUACUCACUGUGUCGCAGUUACCCUGGCCUCCUAGUGGUUCCUCAGAACGUGCAGGACAGCAGUCUUCAAAAGGUGUCCCGCUGCUAUCGGCACAAUCGUCUGCCAGUGGUGUGCUGGAAACACCCUCGCACCAAAGCUGUGCUGCUUUGUUCGGGAGGUUUUCAUAGCAAGACUGUGGUUGGGCUUUUCAAGUCUCAAAACCCAUCCACAGCAGCUCCUGCAUCCUCAGAGUCUUCCAGCAGUCUGGAACAAGAGAAAUACCUGCAGGCCAUCCUCAGCUCCAUCCCCAUCUACUUCAAUCCCAAUGGCAUCAACACCCUCACCAACCGCUCCCUCAUUGGUUUGUCCCCAGCUAGUGAAAGAAGGGCGUCAAGAAUCCCAAAGAUGGCCCCUGUACAUUUGGACAUUUCUUUCUCCAAUAGCUUCACCAGAGGAGUACUCGGGUACAGGGGUAAACUAUUCACUCACUCAAACAAAAAAGCUUCAGCUAAGGGGAGAAUUCAUAAUCAAGGUGUGUUGGCUAGUCUGCGCUCUAGCAGCAGAUUCAUCCAGCAUACCGCUGUUCCCGAUGUGGGCGCGCGGUUGGCUGGCAAGGAUCUGGCGCCCCCUACAGGCAUUGAGAACCUCCAGGCCCAACUUCUCAAGCAUCAAGCAGCUCUCUACAUCUUUGGUGAAAAGUCACACCACAGGGGCUUAAAACUGGACUCUGCACUCAACUGUGAACUUAUACCAGUGGAGUUUGCAGACACAAGACAGGUGAAGGUCUCCUUCAAGAAGCUUCUGAGGGCGUGUGCACCCAGUUCCAUGUCCUCAGACACAGAGGACUCAUUUCUAAAGGCUCUGGAGGAGAGCGAAUGGAUGCUGCAGCUGCACAAGCUUCUGCAGCUGGCUCUGGUUGUGGUAGAGUUGCUGGACAGCGGAUCAUCUGCGCUAGUUAGUCUUGAGGAUGGCUGGGACAUCACCACUCAGGUGGUUUCCCUUGUGCAGCUGCUCAGUGAUCCAUUCUAUAGGACCCUGGAGGGAUUUCAGGUGCUGCUGGAGAAAGAGUGGCUAUCUUUUGGCCACAAAUUUAGCCAACGUAGCAACCUGACCCCCAGCAGCCAGGGAAGCGGCUUCACCCCCAUCUUCCUGCAGUUUCUCGACUGCGUCCACCAGGUUCAUAACCAGUACCCCCUUGAGUUUGAAUUUAAUCAAUACUAUCUGAAGUUUCUGGCAUACCACUACAUCUCCAAUCGCUUCAAAAACUUUCUUCUGGACUCAGACUAUGAGCGCCUGGAGCACGGCACAUUGUUUGAGGACAAAGGAGAAAAACAGUCCAAGAAAGGAAUCUGUAUCUGGGAGUUUAUCAAUCGAAUGCACCGCAAGAGUCCUAUCUUCUUCAACUACCUGUACAACCCCUCGGAGACACAGACAGUAUUAAAACCAUUGAUCUCCAUCCCCAAUCUCACAACAUGGGAGUUCUACACAGGGGAGACUCUGUCCACGGGCCCCUCAUAUGACUGGUGUAUGCUGGCUCUUCGCUCAGAGAGCACAGAAGAGACAGACACCAUCGCAACAACCAAGAGGAGUAUCGUCUGGCCAUGUUACAGUAGUGUUAGCCGUGCCCAGCCUGAUGCCAUCACCAAACUACUGGCUAACAUUGAGAGGCUAGAGAGGGAACUGGGACAACCCACUGAGCCCUGGCACACCACACUAGAAAAGGUGCGAGAUCGCAUCCGAGAAGACCUCAAAAAGGAAGGCAAUCUGCGGAAGCAGUCAAUGUCCAUUUCCGGACUGGUCCCCACCUCCAACCUGCAGGCCUAUCAGCGAUGCAACAUGUUGCACUUACCUGACAGUGGUCUUGGAGAGGACAGUAGCCCCACUGCAGUCAAUGGAGUUAAUCGAAGGGCAGCCACACUCUACAAUCAGUUUACCCCAAAGAAUGAAGACAAUAGAUCAUUUGAGGGAAUUCUGUACAAGCGGGGGGCAUUACUCAAAGCUUGGAAAUCAAAGUGGUUUGUUUUGGAUAUAACAAAACAUCAGCUGAGGUAUUAUGAGACUGAUGAGGACACGAGCUGUAGGGGCUACAUAGACCUGGCUGAAGUGGAGUCUGUUUUGAUUGCCACACCAACCAUAGGAGCCCCCAAACACAUCAGUGAAAAGGCUUUCUUUGAUCUGAAGACAACUAAACGGGUGUACAACUUCUGUGCAGCGGAUGCUCCGAGUGCCCAGCUAUGGAUUGAUAAGAUCCAAAACUGCAUCUCGGAUGCAUGAAGCCCUUUUUCCUUACAUGACUCAUCAGCACCACCUUUCUCACUACAGGGAGAUUCACUGUGCAAUUAGUAGGACCAUAGUAAAGCCUUCAGUGCCUGUUAAAAAUCCAAGAGACUCCCGAGAGACACUACACCUGAGGAGUGCCAUACACAAACACUGCCCUGAACAGCAUUCUGUGGAGCUGCUUUUACAGUAUCCCACUAUUUGGGCUGAAAGUUUUCAUUUAGAUCCUGAGUACAAAGGGAGGAGUUUAUGGAUGAUGAUGAUGAUGAUGAUGCAUUGCAAUAUGUUGAGGCUAGUUGAGCACAUUGCAAAAUGCAACUGACAUGAAGCAAUAGCACUAGUGCUUACAAACUCGGGGGUUCCGUAUAGUCAUAAUAAGAAAACGAAUUGCUGCUGAUGAAAUGCAAAAGUAAGAACCACCAAAACCUGAUGAAUAGAUUUAGAAAGAUGCACAACACGUAAAAGGCAAAUAAUUUGCACUAAAUGAUAUGCACUCCGGACAAAGAAAAUAUUUUUAAUGGAUAAACAAACUAGGCAUAAGGCAUUACGUUUAAGCUACAAAUAAAAAGCUCUGAGCAGACAACUUUAUUCUCUAGUAUUUUUUCUAUAUUUGCAACAACAAAAAAAUAUAUGUUUUCCUUAUGAAUGUUUUACCUACGUGUAACAGUUAUUGUCAUUAUAUAAAUUAUUCUUUUUUUUUUAUCAUUAAAAGAGUAACCUGUGUGUGUGUUGAAUGGCGAUUGUUUUAUGUAAAUAUCUGUUCCAGCUUUUUAUACUCUGUUGAAUAUCCUUUUGAUAUGUUGUUUCUAACCUUUUAGUCUAACUUGAAAUAAAACACUCAUAUUUAUACUUCCGCCAAGCAAAGCACUUCCUGUCUUAGAUGGUUGUCAAUAAGCCGUUUUAUUUUAUUUGAAAGGAGAACACUAUAUUUGUCCAUUAUCCAUGAGGUGUUAUGUUAUCUUUAAGGAUCUGGGACAGUAAGGUUUUUGUAUUUGUUUUGUUUCUGUAUCUGUAAAGUUUAAUGAGGCAAAACUUAAAAAUACCAGACUUAUAAGAUAUCUGUUACUGAACCUAAAAGGAUGUUACAUACAGUACAAUACUCUGUGCUGCUAAUGUUUUUGUUUUGUUUGGGGUUUUUUGCA